CGUCCUCCCGGCGUCGCCUCCGCUUGAUUGAUUGGCACUCUGGCGGGAGGAAGACAAUGCUUGCAUCGCUGAACUAUGCGGCUUUGGCGGGUGUGUGAUGGAAAGGAAAUAGUUGGGAGGCGUGGCUUCGCCUUCCGUUGCUCCUCCCACGGGCCUCGUGGCUCCACCCCUGUCCCCCGCUGGCUCCUCCCCCGCGCUUGCCAAGAGCGGGUAUGUCGCCUCGUGUCAUUGUUACCAGAUUACCUCAUAUUUUCACUUUAUUCGCUUUAAUCUCGAGAUACGCCAUCGAGCAUCGCUGUCGCCAGGGCUUGAUAAAUCGGCCGAUGGCGAGAUUAUGGCAGGUGUAGAUCAUGCGGCCGAGACAAUGGCGGUCUUCUUGGCGAACACCUGCGGUCGGCGGCGAGGGAGGGGUGUCGCCCGCUCGUGGAGGGCCGCGUCUCCCCCAAUGACUCUACAGGUUUGGCGCCCACAAGAAGACCGCGGCCCGUGUUCUAGGGACAGUACUGUAUUCUCCGCCGUAAUCAGCAGACAGAACGGGCCGUGUGAAGGGACAGAACAGCGUCCGCUUUUAGCAACACAGGACCGUAUUGAAGGCGACUGUGAAUCAGUGUUGUGUGAGAAUCUUUAGAGCCCUGCGCGGAGGGAAGCAGCGGAAAACAAUUCUUUUCGUCCCGAGUCGGUGACAACAAGUGCUUUUGAUACACAAAGAGAGGUUUAGAGAAAAGGGAGAGAGGCGUAAAAAAGAAGAGGAAGAACGAGAAGAAGAGGCGAUUGCGAUCUACCGAUUUUACAAACUCGACUAUGGCGUCCGAAAACUCUACUCCGACUGCGACUUCGACUUCGCACUCAACAGAUUCUGCGAAGAAUUGCGGCAAACUGAAGGAGAAAGGCAUCGAGGAGGCGGUUUCGAAGCUUCUCGAAGGCUACGACUGGACGAUGCUGCCCAUGACCCAGAAGUCGUCGCUGAAGCACCGCGCCCACAUCAAGCGGCCCAUGAACGCCUUCAUGGUGUGGGCGCAGGCGGCUCGACGGCGCCUGGCGGACCAGUACCCGCAGCUGCAUAACGCCGAACUUUCCAAGACGCUCGGCAAAGUGUGGAGAGUCCUGAGCGACGAGGAGAAGCUUCCGUUCAUUGAGGAAGCGGAGAGAUUGCGAGCCCAGCACAAGAAAGAUCACCCAGACUAUAAGUAUCAGCCCAGACGUCGGAAACCUCCCAAAAGCCUGUCGAGCCUGAUGGAGGCUGACUCAGGAGCAGGACCUUUGCCGUAUCGUGUCCAAGGGGGUCUCAUGGCUGGCAGUGGGGGUUACUGCCCAGGGGUUGGCAUGGGCAUGACUCUGCCCCCCUCCCAUGCCGCUCCACCCACACCGCCUAAAACACCUCAACAACAUAACAUAAGGUAGGAAGACGUAUAGUUGAAUAAUCAGUUAAUAUAAACGCCGGCACGUUUAGCAACGCCCUUCUCCAUUACGGCGAGACCACACAGCCACCAUGCGCACUUCGCUGGUCUGGACGCUUCGAAGGCUCAGCUAUUUGGCCAAAGUAAUAGCAGUACCAGUGGUAGUGGCAGCCAGUACAUGAAUGACUCAAACCCCGGAGCUAAAAUGGAGGCCGCAAUGGCUCUCCAAGCUGCAAGGAACAACUUCUCUUCAGCAGCCUCGUCUUCGUCUUCUUUCUCUCCGUCCAGUUCCUCGUCCGGUUCUUCGUCCUCCACUUCGUCAGCAGCCUUCUUCCGAGACGACACCACAGCCAACAUGGCGGCUAACCUCAUGAGGCCCGCCUUCGGGCAGGAUCUAUUCCAGGGCCACAUGUUUGCAGGAUCAGCUCAUGCCCAGGGUGCCAUGAAUCUACAGGGUGCUCAGUCUUUCUAUCACUACGGUGCCCAAGGUCUUCACCCAUACUACAUGACACCAAGAUAACCAGUUUUUCCAUAAUGGCUUUUGAGAUUAGGUUGAGUGAGGCAUAUAAUGCUGCAUUUUCUCCAUUUCUUUGAGAUUCAUCUGCCAACUUUUUCUAGUGUAUGAUAUCUCCAGCUGUCACAUAUCAUUUUUAAAAUCCUCAAACCCAAGAAAUCAUUUGGUAUAAGAGGAUACUGUGAGGAAGAUAUCCUAACACACUUUCUAUUUUGAGAACUGGUAAUGUAAUUCUGAAGGCUUGGAAAUAUAGUAGAAAAAAUCAACUGGAAUAGCAUAUCACGGAACUGGUGAAUCAACAUUCAUCAUAGAAAGUUCUGAACACAAGUUCUGAGCUGUAAAGUGGGCAUAUAUUGAAUCUCAGACCAGUGAAACUUAUGGUAAAAAUGCUAAAUACUGCAUAUGCUGAACAAUUUCCAUAGACAUAUACUGCAGUUUUUGAUAAUGUGUUAGUCCUGUGGCACAAGUUUAAUAUACAGUAAACCAAAUGACCACAUGGCAGUCAUGUCAGUCACCCAAUCAAAAUUGCUGGGCCAGAAAGGUUCAGCCUAGAACAGCUUCAUGGAGAAAAAGCAGCUAUUAGAGAAGCUAUCUGACUAAUUAGUCAGUUAUUAAACAGUUAAAAGCAAUGAAGCUGUGCUUAAGUUUCACAACAAAAGGCAAAACAAUAUAUCUUUCUGAUAUAUUUUGAAGGGUGAGAUAUUUCUUAUUUGUGAUUUUUUAUUAUUAUUUAUGUGCUUUUAGCCACAAUAUAUGGCUGAUGUUAUUUCUUGUGGUUGUGGUGUCUGUUUCAUAUGAAGAAAUCAUUUAUUCACAAGAUGUGUGUUUACAAAAAUAUAGAUAUAAAAAUAAUUAUGUAUAUACAAGCAAAAAACAUACAUGAUAAUAAUUAUGUAUAUAAGCAGAUUUU